AUGCUUCACAGUUGCGCUCGCGGGACUCUUUUGAAUCUUGGAGCUUCCCAACUUGCGAGGUCUAGUCUACGGAUAGCCUCGACCCGAUACCUUUCCGUAUUCUCUCGACUCAACGGUCUGCACCACCCGAAGGUCGUCGCUCCUACUGCUACCGUUGUCGGUCAGCAGACUCAGCUUGAGAAGGACUUCCACUCCUAUGGGAUCAGACAGUCCUCUGAGAGGACUGUGAUGAGGAACGUCACACCCAGUUCACUGUAUGAAAGCGCCCUUCGUCGCGACAAGCGAAUCGUUGAUAACUCCAGUGAAGAGUAUAACGAUGAGAUUUGGUGGGGUAAGAUCAACCAUAAGCUCAGUCCCGAGAGCUUCCAGAUCUUGAAGGCCAACGCUAUCAAUUAUCUGAGCGAAAGAGAUGAGCUCUUCGUGGUCGAUGGUUACGCUGGUUGGGAUCCUGAGUAUCGGAUCAAGGUCCGAGUUGUUGCUAGUCGAGCAUACCAUGCCCUCUUCAUGGAGAACAUGUUGGUGAUUCCUCCAGCAGAGGAAUUGGAGGCCUUUAAACCUGACUUCGUUAUCUUCAAUGCUGGACAAUGUAAAGCUGAUCGUAACAUCGAAGGGCUCACGUCGGACACUUCGGUUGCAGUGAAUUUUAAAACUAACGAGAUGGUUAUAAUGGGCACUGAGUAUGCUGGUGAGAUGAAGAAGGGUAUUCUUACAUUGAUGAUGCAGGCUAUGCCGCACAAGUUCGGACAGCUGCCUCUUCACUCCAGCUGCAAUAUUCAGAAGGACUCGGUAACCGGGAAGCCGACAGACUGCACUUUAUUCUUUGGCCUGUCGGGUACUGGCAAGACGACUCUAUCAGCGGAUCCAUCACGAUUCUUGGUGGGUGACGAUGAGCAUGUGUGGACCGAUAAAGGCGUGUUUAACGUCGAAGGUGGCUGCUAUGCAAAGGCCAUAGGGCUCACCAAAGAGACCGAGCCAGAGAUCUACAACGCCAUCCGCUUCGGAACGGUACUAGAAAAUGUUCAAGUCGACCCACGAACUCGCGAAGUAGACUUCAAUGAUACUUCCAUCACUGAGAAUACACGGUGUAGUUAUCCCCUAGAGUAUAUAGAAAAUUCGCACAUUCCUGCUAAGAUCGACAUUCACCCAUCUAAUGUGAUAUUGCUCACAUGCGAUGCCUUCGGAGUGCUACCUCCGGUCAGUGUUCUCACUCCGGAUCAAGUCCAGUACUAUUUCAUAUCUGGGUAUACGGCAAAAGUCGCUGGGACUGAGGACGGCAUUACUGAGCCGGUCGCGACGUUCUCCUCGUGCUUUGGUGCGCCGUUUCUGGUAUGGCAUCCUACUGUGUAUGCAGAGAUGCUCGCCGAUAAACUUCAGAAGCACCACUGCUCGGCAUUUCUAUUGAAUACGGGAUGGACAGGUGGGAGCUAUACCAACGGUGGGAGCCGCAUCAAAUUGGAGUAUACCCGUAAAAUGAUAGAUGCAAUACAUAACGGUACACUGAAGGGAAUGGUGGAGGCUGGGGAGCUAGUGUCGACUCCUAUAUUCGGACUAAGGAUCCCCAAGUCCCUUCCUGGUAUUCCGAGUGAAAUCCUUGACCCUGUCAACGGCUGGAAGGAUGAGGCUGCGUACCUCCAGCAGCUCCAGCGUCUGGCUGGUCUAUUUGAUAAGAAUUUUGAAGAGUAUAAGUCGAAAUGCCCAUCUAGAGUAGCUGCUGUUGGUCCGAGGUUGAUAGCAGCAGAGGAGAGUAUAGACAAGGAGGAAAGGAAGAGGAGUAAUUCAAUCGCAACGAACCCUGGCACGAGAAGGAAAUGCAAUUCCACCAUAGUCGAGGAUGAGGCAAUAGUAAUUUUAUUUGGUGGAGUGCUAUAUGCUGCCUUCUCCGGUCAGAUGUGA